AUGCAACCGGCACCAUGGAUGAUGCCAUUCGUCUUUAUGCCAUUUGCAGCGAUCAGUCCAUGUAUUGGUCGAUUCUCACAGGAGCAGCAAGUGUUACGUGAACGCGAUAUCGAUUUCCCGAUAUGCAAAGGAAGAGGACGGGAUGCGAUAUUUCCUACCUGCAGCUUUCGUGCAAUCACUGUGGUACUUCUAACACGGUCUUGA